CUUUUUCUUUUUCUUUUUCCUUUUCCUUCCCUUUCUCCACUCCUCCAUCUCUCCUCUCUUUCCGCCGAGGGCACACGCAGUUCCCGAGCGCUGUCCCCGGAGCCUGGCGCAGUCCCCACCGUGCGAGGGCGCCCCGCGGCCGCGGCCGCGCUGCGCCUCUUCUCCGGGCACCGCGGUGGGAGGGCCGCGCCGCGCCUCUUCCACCUGCCAGCGGCUUUAAAGUUGCAGCCGGGCGGGACGCGAUGACUCGGGUCGCGCUGCCCAGGCCGGCGGCCGUCGGGGUGCUUCGCGGUCUCGCACACGGAGCAGAGCCGUUUUCCACCGUCGCCCCCGCCUGCCCGCCGUCGUCUUUCCCCGCGGCGGCAGAGCAGGGCCGGGGAGGGGGCGGCAGGGGCUGGUGUGCCCGGGAGAUGCCCGAGCCCGCGGCGGGUCCCCCGCGCGGCGCGGCCGCCGUGGGUCUCGGCGCCUCCGCGCCCCGGCAGCGGCCGGACGGACGCGGGUAGAGCCGGCGCUGCCGCCGCCGCCGCCGUAGGCCCCUACCAGGCAAGCCAUGGAGCCGCCUGACCUCCGCGACGUCGAGCAGAAACUGGGUCGCAAAGUGCCCGAGAGCCUGGCGCGGCCCCUGCGCGGAGAGGAGCUCGCGGCCCGCCCCGCCGCCGCGGCCCCCGGCCCCCGGCACCGCCGCGCCGCCCUGGCCCGUCUGGAGGCGAAACUUCAGCUCCUGAGGCAGGAGAUGGUUAAUCUCCGAGCCACUGAUGUGAAACUUAUGCGCCAGCUCCUUAUCAUCAAUGAAAGUAUUGAAUCAAUCAAGUGGAUGAUUGAAGAGAAGGCCAUUGCCAGUAGAGGCAGCAGUUUGAGCGGCAGCCUGUGCAGCUUACUGGAAAGUCAGGAGACAUCCCUCCAUGACAGCUGUAACAGUUUACAAGACUGUAGUGAUGGACUGGAUGGAAUAUCAGUAGGGAGUUAUUUGGACACCUUAGUGGAUGAUGUCCCUGGUCACCAAAGCCCUUCAGAUAUGGACAAGUUCAGUGAUUCUUCUGUUACAGAGGACCCACAGCCUCUUCAUAAGCAUCCCAAAAUUGAUUCUGAUGAGUACUACUGUUUUGGUUAAUAAGAAAAAGUUCCAGUGGGACACAAAUGCACUUGUACUUAUCCUUUUUCUUUGCUGCUGUUUUAUUUCAUGUGCAAAAGCCCCAGAGUUCUCUUGGAAGGAGAACAUACUAUGAUACUUCAAUGCUACUGCAUAACUUUUCCAUUGCUUCUAAUGCAUUUUCUCCUUGAUAGGUUGGGCUUUUCUUCUUGCAUUUUCUUUUUCGUAAUUUAUUGUCACAAUUUUUCUUUCUGUUUUUUUUGUUUCCAUUUUUUACAGUGCUGUAUUUACAGGUCUUUAAAAGAGGUGAAGAAAAAGCUUUAUCUUUAAAAUGAGACAUCAGGGAAUGAGAGCAACAAUUUUGUAUUUGUUAGCAAUAAAAUAUCUUCUAAAAAAUAUAUGUUGCCAUAAAUUUUAUUGACUACCAGGUUUGGUCUUUCCAAAGACACUGUUUUUAUUGAGCCUUAAAUCUGAAUCUUGAAAAUACCUCUAAAAAUAAUUUUUCUUUUAUAAGCAAUGAAAUUUGGUUCUGUUAGGCUGUCUUAACUUGAUAUAUAAAGUAUCCUAAACUUUUCUGUGUGGGAUUUCUUUCUUUUUGCAAUGUUCUCAUGUCUCUUGUCUAAUUUUGCCAUUAAAUUCUAAGUUUGCUUUUUUAUUCA